GAUGGUCUACUUUGCAUACAGCCAUAUAGCUUUCGUCACUCUGUUGACAUUUGCAACUGUAAAAGCAGAUCAACCGUGGAGUAAACAGAGAAUCACAGAUAUGCUUUCUAUUACCAACAACAAUAUACACGGAGUCAAGCCGGUGCUGGAUGAUGCAGAAAAGGCAGUACAAAUUCUUAAAGACAAGAUUCUCAGUCAAAAUGCAAGCUUACAAGGCGAUUUAGAAAAGUAUAUGAACUGCCUGAGAACUGCAUACAAAUACAUUUGGGGACAGGAAGCAAUAAACAGGAUUGCAGUCCGUCUAGCCAGAACAGGUCAAUUAAUGUACGAAGACACGGUGGAGUGUUGCCAAAAAAUAACUUUAGAAUAUUAUUAUAAGACGGAGGAGUUUCCUAUAGAAAAUUGUUUCAAAAAUAUGCCUUCAGCGCCCCAUGAAGAUCUGCAUCAAAUGAAUUUGUUAACCCGAACACUAUUCGACCACAAGCACUGGGUUAGCAUUGAAGUUUGUGAGUUCAUUUUCUCCGUUUGAUUAAACUUCACAAUUGAACAUUUCUGUGAGAAAAUAGUGUAACGGUUGUGAUUUUGUUGCGCGGAUAGUCAGUGUCUAUCUAAUUUUAGUUAUCAGACAAACGUACUGAUGGACAAUAGAUCUUUUCACUGGUCGAUUCAAAUAUUUAUCAACCUUUCUUAUCAUUUCUAGUUUUCAAGCAUCUAUACGAAACC